AUGGCCACCUACCACUCCACGCUACGCGCUGCUCCUAAACCUGCAUUCUUCCUGUCCAACUCUCUCUCCAAUCAGACCUUCCUCAAUAUCAGCUCGGGAACGGCAAGUCCUAGCCAUGUCAGCUCAGUGAAGGCUGCCGCUGGGGAAUGCUGGACGAAGCAUCCUGCAUGGAGCAAUGUCCGUCAAGAACGGUGGGAGGGUCAUUUGGCCGUGGAAGGACACCUCCCUACCUGGCUGAAUGGCACGUACCUAAGGAACGGGCCAGGUCUCUGGGACGUCGGCGAGCACUCGUCCGACCACAUAUUCGACGGGUACGCCACACUGGUGCGCAUCUCCUUCCGGCGAGGACGCGCCACCGGCGCACAUCGUCAGGUCGAGUCGGACGCGUACAAAGCUGCCAUGGCGCACGGCCGGCCUCUCCACCGGGAGUUUUCCCAACUGUGUUGUCCCUCCAAGCAGCAGCCUGGGGGGAGCCUGCUCGAUCGCGUGCGCAACGUCGUCGGCCUCGGAAGUGGCACUUUGCUCUCCGACAACGCCAACAUCUCCGUGCUGCCGCUCGGUGACGGCCGGGUGAUGUGCCUCACGGAGACCACCAAGAGCUCCCUUCUGAUAGACCCGGAGACUCUCGACACGAUCGGCAAGUUUCGGUACGCGGACAGGCUAUGGGGCUUGCUACAGACCACACACCCGGUUGUGACAGGGACCGAGUUGUUGACGCUGCUCCCGGACAUCGUCUUCCGGCGUGGCCAUCGUGUCGUCCGGAUGGCAGCUGGGAGCAACGAGAGGAAAGUGAUCGGGAGAGUGCACUGCCGGGGAGGGGGAGGGCACGCACCACCGGGAUGGGUGCAUUCGUUCGCCGUCACGGACAAGUACAUCGUCGUGCCGGAGAUGCCACUGCGCUACUCCCUUACAGGCGUUCUCAAGUCUCAGCUGACACCUUGGUAUAUCUUCGACUGGCUACCGGAGUCUGGGAGCUACAUGCACGUCAUAUGCAGGUUCACCGGAAAGACCAGAUAUGAUGCGAUCAUCGCUGACUGCUGCGAGUACUAUGCCGAUCCUUCUGUCAUCAAGGCACUUGCACUGCAUAGACUAAGAUCACCCGGAAUGAACAAGGAUGCAUUCCCUGAUGCUAGGGUUGCCCGGUUCAGGAUACCACUGGAUGGAACCCCCAUGGCCAUGGGCGAGCUGGAGACUGUGCUGGACCCUGAGGUGCAUGGCCGGGGAGUGGAGAUGCCUUCCAUCCAUCCGGCUUACCAGGGUAAGGACUACCGUUAUGUUUAUGCCUGCGGCGCGCGACGGCCAUGCAAUUUCUUCAACUGCCUCACCAAGAUCGACCUUGUGGAGAAAGAGGCCAACAACUGGCACGAGCUGGGCUCUGUGCCAUCAGAGCCCUUCUUUGUGGCGAGGCCAGGGGGAACUGAUGAAGAUGACGGGGUUGUAAUAUCCAUUGUAAGCACCAUGGAAGGUGAUGGGUAUGCGCUACUGUUGGACGCCGUGACUUUUGAAGAAAUUGCUCGACUAAGGCUCCCCUACGGCCUACCAUACGGCUUCCACGGCUGCUGGAUUCCAGAGAAUAUAUGA